AGCAAAAAAAAUUCUCUAGUAAUACUUAAGUUGACACUGCGCAAAACUUCAGUUACGAUUAACUCGAUUUGCAGCUGUGCGGCAAAUUCUCACAUUUCGAAACGAAAUUUCCAAAGAAUUUAAGAAUUGAAAACCUCAAAAAUAAGUAGAUUACACUAUUUCGGCAUCUGUAGGAGCAAACAAUUAAAGCAAUUAAAGUCAUGGGCUACGAUUUGGGAUUGAUUGUCGGGCAUGUCGACGAGGAGCUGCUGUGCCCCAUUUGCGCCGAUGUGCUGGAGGAGCCAAUGCAAUCCUCGAGCUGCGAGCACGCCUUCUGUCGCUUUUGCAUUGAGAAAUGGAUACAGGAGAAACAGAUUUGCCCGGUGGAUCGCUCCGAUUUGCUGGCCAUACAUCUGGUGCCGGUCUCCAGGCUCAUGCGCAACAUGCUGGGGCGCCUGAAGAUUCGCUGCAGCUUUGCCGACAACGGCUGCGCAGCGCUGCUGCCGCUGUCCGAAUUCCGUGAGCAUGUGGCCAAUUGCCAGAACAAUCCCAAGGUGGUCGUGACCUGCACCAAGGGCUGCGGCAUGAAAGUGCCCAAGGACGAGCUGGCCCGGCACAAUUGCAUCUUUGAGCUGCGCGAGCAGCUGCGCGAACAGAUCAACGAAAUAUCCGAGCUACGCGACAUGCAGGCCCAUCAGGAGCGUCGCCUGAGCGAGCAUCGUCGCGAGCUGGAGCUGGUCCAGUACUAUAUAGCGGCGCUGCGCUCCACCAAUUCGGUCAUACGCAAUGUGGGCGAUCAGCUGGAUCGCUAUGCGCUGAUGCGCUGGGGCCGCAGCCUGCCGCUCGCCUCGGUGCGCACCUGGGGCAGCCUCAUCUCGACGCCGGACACCUCGAUGCACAUGAUGGUGCGCGAGGGGCUGCGCGCCAGCGGCUGCCCCAUGCAUCUGAUCAAUGUGCUCAUGGACUGUUGCUAUGAGGACAGCUGGCCCGAGGGUCUGUCCACGCUGGAGAUGCGGCGCAUGAAUCUGCAUCGCCUGGCGCAGUAUGUCACCCGUCUGCUGCCCGUUCUCAUCACAGGCAAACCCUGUGUGGUCGUCCUGUGUGGCGAUAAUUCGCACAUGGCUGAAAAUUUACGCCCAGUCCUGGGCAUUGUUAUGAUCUUCAUCGAUGGCGUCGACGAGACGCACACGGAGCAGGCGCCGCUGCCAGACAGCGACUAUCUGUAAGGCUCUCCAGAUCGAACGGUACUGCAUGUUUUCAAGGCGUCCAAAUUAUAAUCCUUUUGAUAUCAAAAAAUUCAUGGCCCAACUCAAAAAUCAUUUGGAUUUUAAUUUCAACUUAGAAAGUAAAAAUAAUUAGUAUAUAUAUAUAUAUAUCGAUGCCAUUGUGUGCUAUGCUGUAUAUUAAAUUGUAAUAUGAAAGGUUCCCACUGACUUUGUAUUUAUGGCAAGUAACUAAAUAAAUGAAAUCGACUGAAAAUUCACAACAA